AUGGCCACCCCGCGCGUCGUCAUCAUCGGCGCUGGCAUCGUCGGCACCAACAUUGCCGACGAGCUGGUCGCGCGCGGAUGGACCAACAUCACCGUCGUCGAGCAGGGCCCGCUGCAGAUGCCGGGAGGCUCGACAUCGCACGCGCCGGGGCUCGUGUUCCAGACGAACCCGUCCAAGACGUUGACCUCGUUCGCCAGCUACACCGUCGAGAAGCUGCUCUCGAUCGGCUGCUUCCACCAGGUCGGCGGCCUGGAGGUGGCCGAGACGCCGGAGAGGCUCGAGGACCUCAAGCGGAAACGUGGUUACGCGUCGUCCUGGGGCAUCGAGUCGAGCCUCAUCAGCGCCGAGGCCUGCCGCAGGCUGUACCCGCUGCUGAGCGACGAUGUCGUCCUCGGCGGUCUGCACAUCCCCUCCGACGGGCUGGCUCUGGCCGCCAAGGCUGUGCAGGUUCUCAUCGAGCGCACGCGCAAGGCGGGUGUCACGUACCUGGACAUGACGCCGGUGACGGGGUUUGAACGAAGCGACGGCCGCGUCACGGGCGUCAUCACCAAGAGCGGCGGCACCAUUCCGGCCGACAUGGUCAUCUCGUGCGCCGGCCUCUGGGGCGUCGAAGUCGGCGCCAUGGUCGGCCUGCCCAUUCCGUUGCAGCCAGUGGCACACCAGUACGCCAAGACGACGGCCGUGCCGGCGCUCCAGGCGAAGAACCCGGCGCCGAACAGCGCGAGCCUGCCCAUCCUGCGCCACCAGGAUCGCGACCUGUACUACCGCGAGCACGGCGAUCACGUGGGCAUCGGGUUCUACGGCCACCGUCCACUGCCGGUCGUCGCGGCCUCGCUGGGCGAGACCCGCGCCAACGUCUCCGAGCACGACAUGCCGUCGCGCCUCGACUUCACCCCCGAGGAUUUUGAGCCCGCCUGGACGCUGAGCCAGACGCUCCUCCCGGCGCUGCGCGACGCGGAGAUCGCCCACGGCUUCAACGGCAUCAUGUCCUUCACGCCCGACGGCGGCCCGCUCAUCGGCCGCGCGCCCGCGCUCGAGGGCUUCUUCGUCGCCGAGGCCGUGUGGGUGACGCACUCGGCCGGCGUCGCGCGCGCCGUGGCGCAGCUGCUGACGACGGGCCGCGCCGACGCCGACCUCGCCGACUGCGACCUCGCGCGCUUUGAGCGCGUCCAGCUGACGCCGGCCUACGUCCGCGAGACGGGCCAGCAGAACUUUGUCGAGGUCUACGACAUUCUGCACCCGCUGCAGCCGCGCGACGCGCCGCGGAACCUCCGCGUGAGCCCGUUCCACGCACGCCACGAGGAUCUCGGCGCCUACUUUCUCGAGGCCGGCGGCUGGGAGCGCCCGCACUGGUUCGAGGCCAACGCGGCGUUGCUGCCGGCGCUGCCGGCGGCGUGGCGCCCGCGGGCGCGCGACGCGUGGGCGGCGCGGUACGACUCGCCCAUCACCGCCGUCGAGGCCUGGAAGACGCGGACGGCCGCGGCCAUGUACGACCUGACGCCGAUCCGGCGGCUCGAGGUCGCGGGCCCCGGCGCCGUCGACCUGCUGCAGAAGCUGACGACGAGCAACGUCGCGAAGGAGGUCGGCAGCGUCACGUUCACGCUGCUCCUCGACGACAAGGCCGGCGUCAAGAGCGACAUAUUCGUGGCCCGUCUGCAGGACGACAGCUUCCAGCUCGCCGUCAACGGGCCCGUCGACCACGCGUACCUCGCGCGGGCGGCGCGGGCGCAGAGCCGGGCGUCCCCCGAAAAGUACGCACAGGUGCGCGACAUCACGGGCGGGACCUGCUGCAUCGGGCUCUGGGGCCCGCGCGCGCCGGCCGUGCUGGCGUCCCUGAGCCCGGACGACAUGUCCGAAACGGGCCUGCCGCCAUACCGCGCCAAGACGGCCACGGUGGCGCAGAUCCCCGUGACGGUGAUGAACGUGUCGUUUGUUGGCGAGCCCGGCUGCGAGAUCCACACGACUGCCGAGCACGGCCAGCGCCUCUGGGAUCUGCUGUGGCACGCCGGUCAGGCCCACGGCGUCGUGGCCGCGGGGCGGGCCGCCUUGAACGCGCUGCGGCUCGAGGCUGGAUUCCGCAGUUACGGCGCUGAUGUCACGACCGAGCACAAUCCGCUUGAGGCUGGUCUGGCGCUCGCCGUCGACGCGGACAAGACGGGCUACGUCGGAUACGAGGCCCUCAGACGGCUCUCGACUGUGAAGCCAUCUCGGCGACUGCGCUGCUUCACUGUCGAUGAUGGACAAUCGGUGGUCCUAGGAAAGGAACCGGUCUAUGUUGGCGGGAGAGUGGCCGGCUAUGUGACGAAUGCGGCUUUUGGGUUUACCGUCAGGAAGCCCAUCGCCUAUGGCUACCUGCCGAUCGAGGUGAACGUCGGGGACGGCGUCGAGAUUGAGUAUUUUGGGCGUCGAAUCAAAGCCACAGUCGUGGCGGAACCUUUGCAUCAGCAAGCCACCAUCAGGACGGAAAUCGGGUUGCAGAGGGACGAACAGGCACAGCCCGUGCUGAGGUCUCGAUUAUGA